AUGAGUCUCUCAGAGCAUGCCGAUGAUCUGAAUACACUAAAAAAAGAGGUAGCUGAGAACGCAUCGUCUCUUGAGCAGCUCCAGCUUAUGAAGUUGUGCUUUUAUGAUCAUGAGUUUGGCAUUAGCUUGAAUUCACACGGAAGCACUAACGAUGAGAUUGACGAAUUGAGUCAAGACCUCGAUACCGAUCCUGGAUACGUUCUGGAGUUUGAUCCCUUAGCCUUUGUCGAGAGUAAAAUUAGUACGGGCGUGCCACUAGAGGAUUUGUGCAGGGACUUGACUUUUUUCGAGGACCUUAUUCGAGACAAAAUUUCUCACCACGUUAACACUGGCAUGCGUAAUGCGUUUCUGAGUGUGUCGGGAUACUUAGUUGGCAUGCAGGAGGACCUUCAGUGUGUGCAGUUACCACUUGAAGCUUCUAUCAAAAGACUCAAUGGGGCGAGUGGGCGGCUCCUUGCAGCCACCCAGUCUGUCCAGGAAAAGCUGGAGCGAGCGAGUACUGCAGAAGAAGAGCGCAUUUUCGACAUCAUGUCUCUUAGGGCAAUGCUAUCCUACGAAAAAAUUGUGGAUAUAAUGGAUGGAUUAAUGCGGGACUUAACUGAGCUUUCUGGGACGGACAACGGUGCUCUUAGCCAGACAGAUCGCUUGUCAGGGGCUGUAGAUGAAGUUGCAACUGGGAGCCGAGGAUCGCCAAGGAUGUGCCGUAGGGGGCUUGAACGGUUUCACCUGGGCGUAGCCCCGCAGAUCGUUCAGCGUCUUGAGGAAGUGACCACCUCCAUGUACCAGCUCAAUGUGAUGGUGUCGAUGCUCCCUGCCCUUCCAUCAAAGCAAGACAUCCGGGCUGAGGUUUACAACUAUGCUCAAGAGAGUCGUUCUUCUGUGUUGGCGGCGCUGAGGCUUGUUGUCAAGUUUCUGUCCCAUCGUUUUAUUGAAUCCCCCCAGCCGAGGGACAUUCAGAGCCUGCAGGAUGUCAUGAAGCUGUACAACGUGAUCGGCGCGCAGGAGGAGUUCUGUGACAUGUUUUCUGAGGCCAUUCUGUAUCCUCACUUGGAGAAUGUCUUGUCGUGGAAAGCCGCGGCUCAGGCACGGCAAAGCGCGGAUGAGAUGGUGCGGUUACUUCAGCGCUUGGAGGAGGAGCUGCGGGAUGCUGUUAUACCUCUUUUCCCAUUGAUGCGUCGAAGCUUCGCUGGCACGUCUCUUUUCCCUGUUUCCAAGAUUAUGUGGCCAGCGGUGUGCAAGUUGCUCAUUGAAAAGCUUGUCGCACUUUGCGAUGUUGGCAUUCCUGACUCCUUUCAUAAGCGGUAUGUGGCGGCGUAUCGACUUCUGUCCCUCGCAGAACACUCAUGCAUCUCCGCAGAAGAACUCGUCGCGCUUCGGCAGUCGCCGGAUGUCGCGUUGUGGAACCACAAGUGGAACACUGAUAUUUAUGCUGUUUUGCGUAUGACGGAAAUGGACAAAGCAAUCGGUGCUGCUUUGAUGGAUCUUAAGAAUACCACAGAAAUGAAAGUGGCCAUCCGGAACGUCCUUCAAGUUCUUUUUGAUCAGAUACUGUGGCUCUUUUCGGAAGGUGUGCUGCUCACUGUGUGCAUUCCCAAGUUUAUCCGAAAGCUCGAUGGGAGUUGCAAGCAAGUUUUCCGUGAUGUACAAAAGUGUAUCACACCGUCAUCCAUAGUGACAUCAUCCUCUGAGACGGUUGCAGUUUGUGAACAACCUCAUGCUACGGAUGAUAUGUCUCUUUUUUUUGCAGCUGUCACCGGGGCCUCGCGCGUUGCCAACCUUCUAGAACAUUCCCUUCUUGAGCAGCUUAAGAAGCACUGCGAAGGAUCGUCCUCGUGCGUCCAUUCGCUUGCCAAUCUGUUGCACAUCAUACGAGAUUCAACGUGCAAGGCGUUUAUCGAAUAUGCUCAAACACAAAUAAUAGAAAGAGUUUUAAGUGAGUGUGUUGUCGGCCUGCAAAAUAUUAAAACGGUACGUUCUGCGUACUCUCACACGAAAAAGCCACCCCCCACAUCAUCAUCAUGGUAUGUUGCGAGCAUCAUUGACCCCAUUGUGCGAUUUGUUACCGCUGCGCGAGGAAACAACCUUCCUGACAAUGAAGCCAUGAGCAUGCUUCAGACCAUUGCAGAGCGUGUGGCACGGCAGUUCACGUCCAUCGCCCGCGAUACUCUCAUCACCGCAAAGAAGACGGAAGAAAGUUGGGAGAAACUCCGACGACGAAAGGAUGGUGCUGGCGUGUCUUCCGCUAGUACUAACAAUCUAGCAGGCAACCCGCGUGAUUCAACUUUCACUUCUUUACCAACUACUUCAUCAAAAUCGUCUCUUCAAGGGGCACCAGAGGCACUUACAGAUCGAGAAAAAAUGUUGCUGCAGUUAAAAUUAGAUGCUAAGGAUCUGGAGAAUAAGUUGGUAUCAUUAGGCACCGACUACUCGAUGGUGUCGUAUUUGGAAUUGACGGAUGACUUACUGUGUUCCGCUGAGUUAGAUGCCGAUGCCGGCUCACCAAGAUAA